AUGGAGACCGCAAACCUUAUCCAGUAUUCCAUGAUUAGGCCUGAGCUGGGUAAAUUACUGGCUAAACAACAGAUUCCACUCAAGCAUUUUGAUAAUCAUACCAUAAUCUAUCGCCUUAUUUAUUUCUCUAUCUGUUUCUUCAACAUACAGGUAAAUAGAACGCUACAUGAAAUUGGCCUCACCACUCCCCCCUGCAAGCUGUUUGAGGUGUUGAGGCAGUAUUCGACAGUGCCGUCAGACCCCGUGUGGGAUUGGAAGGAUGAGGUUGAGCGUGCACUCAAAAUCGUCCACCAUAGACCAACACCUUCCCCACGGAAAUACAAUGCAGAAAGAAGGAAAUCCCGUAGUGUUCUUCCAAAACCAACUACAGUGAUCUCGUAUAGCCUAUGCUGGGAUUCCAUCCAGCACCCGCAGUACUCCUCACAUAGCCAGAAGAAGAACCCUGAUCCGCUGAUGGCACAGGCUUAUGCUGCCAGGAACAGGGUGCCUUUCCUCAUGACGUACAAGGACCCGGACAUCCGCCUAGCUGACAACAUCUCCUUUGAGGAGUUUGUUCCCGACUCUGAGGACUUCAUUCGAGUGAGGGAGCAGAUGAAGAAGGAGGUGCAGAAGAUCCUCAUCAAGUAUCUGAAGGUGUUCAAUAAACUGACUGUCACAGAGCACCACCAGUACUCAGACCUCAUGAUGCAGAAGAAUUACACGGUUGAUCUAGGGUCUGUCUUCAAAAGUCCAACAGACAAUGGUAAUGUGGCUCUCAUACUGAAAGACCUUAAGAUGUACAUGCCCUCUGAUGAAGGGGAGGCCACCCCACUCUGCGUAUUCGGGAACAAGCGAAGCGUUGAAAGGAUGGUGUGUGCCAAGGAUGUCAUGUCUUGUUUCUCAGAAAAGGAGGACAGAUUAGAUGGCCUGGAACCCUGUGUGACAGAUUAUGGACGUCAAAUACUCUUAGCUCAGGAUAUCAUCAAAAUCUUCUAUCCAAGUGAUUUAACAAGUGAGAGUGGAAGCCUGCACCACAUCUGCAGCAGUUUCAAACCAGGCGUCACGAGAAGUGAAAACCCAGACUUCAAGGCUAUCACCUCUUUGCUCGAGCUGGUUGCUCAUGGUCACACGAUGGCCAUGGCCAAGCAGAAGCUGCACUUGCUGAUGCCCGGUGGGAAUAGCCUGAGCAACGAGGAGAGGAAGAGAAUACUAGAGAAGAUCUCUGAGGAAAUUGUGAAUGAGAUCUGGCCCAAGAUUGACACAGCGUCCUUCGAUGCCGUGCGGCAGUCAAGUGAGCCAGUUAGAGACGGAGAGUGUUCCUUUGGGGACUGCGUCAAUUUCAAGGACAAGGCCCUGCUUCCAUGCACAGAGCGUUGCAGCCGCCCCUUCUAUUUCUGCUGCAAGAAGCCCCUGAAUGACGGUCUCGUGGAAUGCGGCCGCAGGGAAAACUGCCCUCGCGGUGCCUGGUUCCACCUCAACAAGAAGUGCUCGGGAUUGUCAGAAGCACCUGAAGAUGACUGGCUUUGCAGCUCUUGCGCAGCCAACAUAGACAAGCUGAGGCAAGUGGAGCAGGUGGACCGGGUGUGGGAGUACCACCGCGGCCUCCUGUGGUAUUGCCUUUUCUUCUGGGUGGCCAACUCAGCCGAGCGCCAAGGGAAUGGAUGGCUGCUACACGCAGUCUGGAAAGUGUGCAUGCCUAUUUUCGAGAACCACGGCCACACCGAGUUCUUGCACCUGGGCUAUUCCUUCCUCUCGGCUGUGGCUGGAAGAAUCUCCCGCAUGGCUUCACAUGACGCUGUUCACAACCGGACUGUGAACUUGAAAGGGGGGCCCAACAACAUGAGCUGGGACAGGGCCAUUGAGAUAUUCAACCAGGAAUUCCUGCGGAAGCCAGAGGACAAGGCAAACGCGAGCACAAGAGCCACCAGCUGCUGGACGCGGUCAGUGAAUGCGGCGUGGGAGAAGAAUAUUUGCAACAAGCCGGACAUGAGAGAGCGGGACCUGAGCCGUCAAGUGGAAGAAUAUGUCUCUCUCGUCAACUCCCUCAAGAUCCUGGAGAAAGUGCCUGGCCGUCAGUGGUACAGGGACAUGGAGUUCGCCCACAACCUCUAUGUCAAGGAACCUGAGAACUUCAUCAAGACACUGAAGAUCUUCUGUGACAAGGAUGUCGCCCGCCAGAUGAAUGAGAGGGAGACCGAAUCAGAGGUGCUUGAGUGAAUUGCUGAAAAAGGGAAAACGUUAGUAAUAGGUGUGUGAUUUUUCUGACAAAAUGAGCUAAAAUUGAACAUGUAGAGUUGUAGGGUUCGUCACCUUGUGUGAAGUCUCAGACGGAUAGCAAUUAAGAGGUUGUUGUAUAAUCCAGGUGUAGCCAUGAUGAAGUCAGUCUUUUGUAAAUUCUGUUUUUACUUUUUUCUUUCUUUCCUAUUCUUUUUUGAUUGUUGAGAGACAGUUUAAAGAUAUUUGUAUUUUGUAAAGAAAUAGAAUAUCAUAGUAGUCCACUAUAUGCAGUUACACUCUCUUGUAUGUGAUAAUUUUAUUUUGAAUUUUUAUGAUUUACAUAACUUCUGUUUCUCCUUGACACUAACCCUAAAAAGUUACCAUGUACACACAGGAAGAGAAAAACAUUUUUUUUUAUGUGUAUGCAAAUACACAAUUACUUCAGCUCAAAUUUUUCUAAUUUGGAUAUUAGUUUUUUUUUAGGUUACUUAUACCAAAUUUCAUCCAGUGUGCACAUAUCGGAGAACAAUACCAGCUGCAUUUUCGCCUCGAAGGGUUGAUUAUUAGAGUUUUUAUACAAGUUCCAUGCAUAGCCUCUAAGAAUAGACUUUUGAAAUGUGAUCCGGAGAUCCACUCUUCCUCAGCAUACCCACCGGACAUCCUUUUGUAAUAGCUGAAACAGGGUUAGGUACCAAUGUAAGUUAUUUCAAGACGCAUUGUGCUGAGGUUCCUCUUUUCGUGUCAUAACAGAACUUCCAGAGAUUCGGUGAGACUCGGUGACAAUAACGUAUAUUUUCAUUUCGCUGAUUUGUUAUUAGGUUUUCUUUUUCAGUUCUUAUUUUUCUUAUUAUUCUUAUUCUUUUAUAGUUAUUUUUAUUCAUCUGUCAUUAUUGUUAAAACAUAAGUAAAUUAAACCCCAACGUCCAUUAGGGAUACAAGCUCCUUGUCUUAACUGACGCACAGACAGGCAUACAAAUGACACUGAUACGUUGAUCUUUUGUUGUGUUUUUUCCCAAGUAUGUUCCCUUUUGUUUUCUUUUUGUCUUUGUUUGAUUUUUGUAAAGAGGUCUUUAUUUUUAUACCAAAGCAAUGUUGCAAUUUUAUUUUUAGGUUUUAGAUAUCUGGAUCUGUUUACAAACUCACACCAUACCUGCUGCAUACAGGAAAGUGAGUGUGGACACGCACACAGACACAUAAUGUACACCUUAUAAACACGCUCACACACUUACUCACACACUCACUCUCGCUCUCGC